GCGACUGUAAUAAGUUUUUGAACGCAGAAUAUGACAUGAUAAAACACACGUGUUUCUGUUUUUUCACGUCAUUAUUAGUUCAGAUCCGGAGAUGUUCGUUGCUCUUGGCAAACCCUUUUUGGAUAUCAUAGCGAAAAUUGACGGAGAACGAAUACAGAAGUAUCAAUUUGAAAAUUACGAUCAUGUGAGAUUCGACCAUAAAAUCUUAGACGACGACUUGAAAGAUAUUCAGAAAAUUUAUAAACUUGGGGGAAGCAUCACUAACACUUUGAGGACGAUUAAGUGGAUCUCACCAAAUUUAGAUCUGUUGUUCAUUGGUAAUAUUGGAGAAGAUGCGAAUGGUGAGAUUUUAAAAAGACAAAUUGAAGAGGAGGAGAUUCGUACUCACUUUUGGGUAACCAAAGUUAAUACAGCCAAAUGUUACGUUCUAAUACAUGGUGAUGUUAGAACUUUAGUAACAGAUUCUGAGACUAAAAGAAGCAUUGAAGUAGAUUUGGAUGAAAGUCUUUUUAGUAAUGCUUCUAUUUUAUACUUAUCUGCUUUAUUCAUUCCAACGUCUUUCAAAAUUAUAAUUUUAGCUUAUCAUCACUUUUUAUCAAAUAAUAAAACAAUAGUUUUGAAUCUAGGGGCACCGUUUAUCUCAGAACAGUUUCCUCAACAAAUGUUGUACAUGUUCAACAAUGCCGAUAUAGUUUUCGGCAAUGAAAAUGAAUAUUUAGCCUUGGCUAAUAUUUCACACAUCGUUGAAAAGGAUCCAAAAUGUCUAAUUUUAUCAAUUAACAAAGCACACUCGGGGAAACCCGGGAGGACUGUAAUAAUGACACGCGGUUCCAACAGUGUUUUAAUGACGCAAAACGAUCAAUUAUCGGAAUUCGAAGUGGAGAGAAUUGCGAGUGAAGAUCUGAAGGACACGAAUGGAGCCGGUGACGCUUUUGCCGGUGGUUUUUUGUCUCAGUUCAUGGCUCGAAAAUCGCUUGAGGAUUGUGUGAAUUGCGGCAUCUGGGCUUCGGGUCAGGUUGUAAAAAAUGUCGGCUUCGAUUUUGACAAGAAUGCAAAAUACUGUUUGUGAAUAAUAUUGUACCUGACUUAAAAAAAUAUUUAUAUUUGAUUAUAUUUAAGUUAAUUGGGCUAUUCAUCAUGUUGGAACGUUCGGGGGUCACAUAACUCGAAAACGACAUUGACAUUGAAAAAAUCGUGACCUUUCAGAUCCGGAGUUAUUCAACUCGAAACGGACGUUUUUUCGCCAAAUAUUCAUCAUAGUUAAACCUAGACGAUUAAACUGUAACUGGAAGAAUUCUAUGCUAAUUUCGAUUUGAAUGUUUUAUUUUUAGCAAUCUCAUUCUAUGUAAUUUAUUAAAUUUUAAAUUAGAAAAUAAAAGUUUACGACUGUAGUAUUUGUACCAAGUAAA